UAAUCUUUUCCAAUCCUUAAAUUCUAAGUAAGACGAAUGGACAAAGUCAAGAGUCUUGAGAUAUAAAUCAACGAAAGGAUAUCAUGUACUUCAUCUUCAACCUCAUUACUUUCCUAUCUUCUUCACAAAGAAAAUGGACAUCAACAUAGUGUCCGCGACGCUCUACUCCGCGGCACUAGUUCCCCUCGCUCUCUCCAUCGCCUUUGCUCUCCUUCUCCUGAAAAUCUUCACGGGCAAGUCCCUCCGAAGCACUAAGUAUCCGCCCGUUUGCGGGACGGUUUUCAAUCAACUCGUCUACUUCAACCAGCUCUACGACUACAUGACAGGGCUUGUAAGGAGAUCUCAGACGAUCCGACUCCUUGCGCCGGACCAGAGCCAGAUAUACACGGUCGAUCCGAGAAACAUCGAGCACAUAUUAAAGACCAACUUCGAUGAGUACACGAAGGGAAAGUAUAACAUAGAUAUAAUGAAGGAUUUGUUCGGGGAGGGGAUUUUCCUGGUGGAUGGAGAGAAGUGGAAGAAGCAGAGGAAGGUCGCGAGCUUCGAGUUUGCGACGAGGGUGCUCAGAGAUUUUAGCUGUCGCGUGUUCAGGAAGAAUGCUGCGAAGCUGGUCAAGGUCGUGGAGGAGUUAUCAGCUGCCUCAGAGGGAUUCGAUAUGCAAGAUAUGUUGAUGAGAUGCACUUUGGAUUCCAUCUUCAAAGUUGGAUUUGGUGCGGAGUUGAAUUGCUUGGAAGGAUCAAGCAAAGAGGGAACAGUCUUCAUGAAAGCUUUUGAUGAGGCGAGUGCACUGACCUACUGGCGAUACGUCGAUCCCUCUUGGGAGCUCAAAAGAUUUCUCAACAUCGGUUCAGAAGCUCAUCUUAGGAAGAACAUUAAACUCAUCGACAAUUUCGUGCAUCAGCUUAUCAGAACCAAGAAGAAUCAACUAGCAGAGCAGAGGGAACAUAAUGACAAGGAGGACAUUCUCUCGAGAUUUUUGCUCGAGAGCGAGAAAGAUCCCGACGGCAUGAACGAGAAGUACUUGAGGGAUAUAAUUCUGAAUUUCACGAUCGCCGGAAAAGAUACUAGUGCAAAUACCUUGUCGUGGUUCCUCUACAUGCUCUGUAAACACCCCCUGGUGCAGCAAAAGAUUGUCGACGAGAUAAAGCAUGUGAUCAGAGAUCAAGCAAGUGACGCUAACCCUGAUUCUUUCGUGGAAAGAAUAACAGAUCCGGUGCUCGAUCGAAUGCACUAUCUUCAUGCCACGCUCACAGAGACUUUGAGGCUGUAUCCUGCAGUCCCGGUGGAUGGAAGAUGUGCCGAGACAGACGAUGUUCUCCCAGAUGGCUUCCACGUGAAGAAGGGGGACAACAUACAUUACUUGGCUUACUCAAUGGGAAGAAUGCAAAACAUAUGGGGAGAAGAUGCCGAGGAUUUCAAACCCGAAAGAUGGUUGAAGGAUGGAAUUUUCCAAAAAGAAUCACCUUUCAAAUUUGCUGCGUUCCAUGCUGGUCCUAGGAUCUGCCUCGGGAAGGAUUUUGCUUAUCGCCAGAUGAAAAUAGUUUCGAUAGCUCUGCUUCGCUUCUUCCGCUUCAGAUUAGCUGACGAAACUAGACCUGUGACCUACAAGGUCAUGUUCACUCUUCACAUCGACAAUGGCUUACAUCUUCGCGCUGUUCCCAGAUUGGUUACAUGAGAGCUGGACUAUCGUCGAGUAUGGUCCAUUGCCACAAAUGGAUUUCCGAUGUGUGUGUGUAUAUAUAUAAACUUGCGCACUGCAAGAUCUUAUAAUUGCCUGUAAAGCUCGGGAUAUUUAAGUUGUUUUGCUUGAAGUCCAUACGUGAAAUGAAGGAUAUAAGUUCGUCAGGCUUUGUGACAAUGCCAAUAAAAUCUUAUUUUCA